AUGAUCAGGGCGGCAACGACUCGGCCGGCCUUUGGGCAUCGAAAUAUCAAACAUGCUCACAAAUAUGUAAACAAAAAAAAUUAUUCAUCUAAAAUAGAAUAUAAGCCGAUAAGGAGCGUUUUGGUGGCAAAUAGAGGUGAAAUUGCAAUCCGUGUUUUUCGAGCAUGUACAGAAUUAGGUAUAAAAUCAGUGGCUAUUUAUUCGGAACAGGAUAGGCAUCAUAUGUUUAGAUCAAAAGCCGACGAAGCUUAUCUAAUAGGAAAAGGCCUUCCUCCAGUACAAGCUUAUUUAAACAUUCCAGAAAUUAUUAGAAUAGCUAAGGAAAAUGAUGUCGAUGCAAUUCAUCCUGGUUACGGUUUCCUUUCGGAAAGAUCGGAUUUUGCACAAGCCGUUAUCGAUGCCGGAAUCAGAUUUAUCGGUCCGUCUCCUUUUGUUGUACAACAAAUGGGUGAUAAAGUAGCUGCUAGAGAUGCAGCCAUCGCUGCAGGUGUGCCUAUUGUACCGGGAACUCCAGGUCCGAUAAAAACAACAGAAGAAGCUUUGGAUUUUUGCAAGAAACAUGGUCUCCCGGUUAUAUUCAAAGCUGCUUUUGGAGGUGGGGGCCGUGGUAUGAGAGUCGUACGAAAAAUGGAGGAAGUUGAAGAAAAUUUCCAAAGAGCGAGUUCGGAGGCUCUGUCAGCUUUCGGAGACGGUUCCAUGUUUAUAGAAAAAUUUAUCGAAAGGCCUCGUCAUAUAGAAGUACAAUUACUCGGUGACAAAGCCGGAAAUGUCGUUCAUUUAUACGAAAGAGAUUGUUCCGUUCAGAGAAGGCAUCAAAAAGUCGUGGAAAUAGCACCGGCACCACUUUUAGAUCCUAAAGUACGAGAAAAAAUGUUACAAGCCGCUGUUAAUUUGGCUAAACAUGUAAAAUAUGAAAAUGCAGGUACGGUUGAAUUACUAUGCGAUAGUGCCGGUAAUUUUUAUUUUAUCGAAGUCAAUGCAAGAUUGCAAGUGGAACACACCGUCACGGAAGAGAUCACCGGGAUAGAUUUAGUUCAAUCUCAAAUUCAAAUCGCCUCAGGUAUGACCUUACCCGAAUUAGGUUUAACUCAAGAUAAGAUCGGUGUUGAGGGAUUUGCCAUACAAUGUCGUAUGACGACGGAAGAUCCGGCCAAACAAUUUCAACCUGAUACGGGAAGGAUCGAAGUUUUCAGGUCGGGAGAAGGGAUGGGUAUACGAUUGGAUUCGGCUUCUGCUUAUGCUGGAGCUUUCAUAUCUCCAUAUUACGAUUCUCUAUUAGUUAAAAUAAUAUCACACGCACGAGAUUUGCCAAGUUGUUGUGCUAAAAUGAGGAGAGCUCUAAUGGAAUUUCGUGUUCGCGGAGUAAAAACCAACAUACCAUUUCUUCUCAACGUUUUAGAAAAUGAAAAAUUUUUAGCCGGAGGAGUGGAUACGUAUUUCAUAGACGAAAACCCGCAAUUGUUUUUUUUCAAACCUUCACAAAAUCGUGCACAAAAAUUACUUACAUACCUUGCCGAAGUACUCGUCAACGGUCCUCAAACUCCUUUGGCGACCAAUUUAAAACCCGCCGAUAUCGAGCCUUACGUUCCGGAUAUACCUGCAGUCAACCCCCCACCACCGGGUUUUAAGGAUAUACUAAGAAAGGAAGGACCUGAUGGAUUUGUAAGAGCCGUACGAAAUCACAAAGGUUUGCUUUUUAUGGACACGACAUUUAGAGAUGCACAUCAAAGUCUUUUGGCGACAAGAGUAAGAACCUACGAUUUUCUAAAAAUAGCUCCAUACGUAGCAAAAUAUUUCAGCGGAUUGUACUCAUUGGAAAAUUGGGGUGGUGCGACAUUCGACGUAGCAUUGAGAUUCCUUCACGAAUGUCCGUGGGAACGUCUCGAAGAAAUGAGAAAAUUGAUUCCAAACAUUCCUUUUCAAAUGUUGUUGAGAGGUGCCAAUGCUGUCGGGUAUACCAAUUACCCGGAUAACGUAGUUUUUAAAUUUUGUGAAUUAGCCGUUCAAACAGGAAUGGAUAUAUUUAGGGUUUUCGAUUCUUUAAAUUACGUUCCUAAUUUAGUUUUGGGAAUGGAAGCUGCUGGAAAAGCAGGUGGAGUCGUCGAAGCUGCCAUUUCUUAUACGGGUGACGUAUCGGAUCCGAAUAAAAAAAAAUACGAUCUUAAAUAUUACGUAGGAUUGGCUGACGAAUUGGUAAAAGCUGGAUUGCACGUUUUAGCAAUCAAGGAUAUGGCGGGCCUUCUUAAACCUCGCGCCGCGAAACUAUUAAUCGAAGCCAUCAAAGAUAAACAUCCUGAUGUGCCUAUUCACGUACACACUCACGAUACGGCAGGAGCUGGAGUUGCAACCAUGCUUGCCUGUGCAGAAGCUGGUGCGGAUAUUGUUGACGUAGCAGUGGAUUCGAUGUCUGGUAUGACGUCUCAACCAUCACUAGGGGCUCUUGUUUCUUGUUUAAAAGGUCACGAAAAGGAUACAGGGUUCAAUUUACAUAACGUUAGUGAAUAUUCCGCUUAUUGGGAACAAACUCGUACACUUUACGCACCUUUCGAAUGCACAACGACAAUGAAAUCAGGAAACGCCGAUGUAUACUCGAAUGAAAUACCCGGAGGACAAUAUACAAAUUUACAAUUUCAAGCUUAUUCUUUAGGAUUAGGACAAUUUUUCGAAGAUGUUAAAAAAGCUUAUGGCGAAGCUAAUAUAUUAUUGGGUGAUAUAAUAAAGGUCACACCUUCGUCAAAAGUCGUCGGUGAUUUAGCACAAUUUAUGGUGCAAAAUAAACUCACGAAAGAAGCUGUUUUGGAAAAAGCAGAAGAUUUGAGUUUUCCAAAAUCUGUGAUUGAAUUUUUACAAGGUGCUAUUGGAGAACCUUACGGAGGAUUUCCCGAACCAUUUAGAUCGAAGGUUUUGAAAGACAUGCCUAGAGUUGAAGGUAGACCUGGUUCAUCUAUGGAACCUUUAGAUUUUGAAAAUCUCAAAAAAUCCCUUGAAAGCACUUAUGAUAACAUAACGGAACGUGAUGUCAUGAGUGCAGCUCUUUACCCUAAAGUCACAGAAGAUUAUUUAACAUUUAGAGAAAGUUUUGGACCUGUUGAUAAAUUAAAAACUAGAAUAUUCUUAACAGGGCCCAAAGUUGGUGAAGAAUUUGAAGUAUCUAUAAGUAAGGGGAAAACAAUAAGUGUGAAAGCUUUGGCCAUGAAUGAAAAUUUAACAAAAGCAGGAGAAAGAGAAGUAUUUUUUGAAAUGAAUGGACAACUAAGAUCUGUAAUGGUUAAAGAUAAGGAAGCUGUUAAGGAAAUACACUUACAUCCAAAAGCAAACAAAAGAAAUGAAAAAGAAAUAGGAGCUCCAAUGCCAGGUGAAGUUAUUGAUAUAAAAAUUAAAGCAGGAGAUGUUAUUGAAAAAGGAGGAGCCCUAAUUGUUUUAUCAGCAAUGAAAAUGGAAAUGGUUGUACAAAGUCCAAUUGCUGGUAAAAUAAAAUCUGUUGAAGUAACAAAAGGUAUGAAAAUGGAAGCUGAAGAUUUACUUGUAGUUUUGGAAUAA